UCAAAUAUAUAUGCAAUUUAAAAUCUUGGAUAUACUGUAUCUGACAAUCCAAGCAGCACAUUUUGAAAUAUCAUCCCUUAAUUUUUGUAUUGUAAUCCCCACCACACCAUGUACGAGUCAAACAUAAUCUCUUCCUCACUCCAUUUCACUCACACAUUCUCUUCUACGUUAUAUGCAUGCAUGUCUAUAAAUAGAGAUACUUGCAUUCUAUAUUGUUCACAUCCAAACUUACGUAUCUCUCAAUCAUCACUGAUAACUUAUCCUUUUGCAUUUUGGUUUCCAUGGCUGCCAUUCAUGUUAAGCUUUUCACUUUAUUCGCUUUUCUUGCUUUGCUUUUCUCUUCAUCCCAUGGGCAGUUAUCCACAAACUUCUAUGCUACAACUUGCCCAAACUUAACCACCGUUGUGCGUGGUGCCAUGACCCAAGCCCUUAACUCAGAUUCCAGAAUAGCUGCCUCCUUGCUUCGCCUAUACUUCCACGAUUGCUUUGUUAAUGGUUGUGAUGCUUCCAUCUUGCUGGACGACACAGCAACGUUUACUGGUGAGAAGAACGCAGGACCUAAUGCAGGAACAGCACGCGGGUACGAAGUGGUCGACACAAUUAAAUCACAGGUUGAAGCAAGUUGCAGUGGAGUUGUAUCUUGUGCUGAUAUACUUGCUCUUGCCACUAGAGAUGGUGUCGUCUUGCAAGGUGGACAGUCAUGGACAGUGCCAUUAGGAAGAAGAGAUGCAAGAACUGCAAGCCAAAGUGCUGCAAACAGCCAGUUACCCGGCCCUUCAAGUACUCUAGCGCAAUUAAUCACUAGUUUUUCAAACAAGGGGUUUAGUGCUGCAGAAAUGACUGCUUUAUCGGGUUCUCACACCAUAGGCCAAGCUGGUUGUGCAAGUUUCCGAAACCGUAUUUACAAUCAAGCAAACAUUGAUCCAGCUUUUGCCACCACCCGCAGGGCAAACUGCCCUUCCACCAGCGGUAGCGGUGAUCGGAACUUGGCUCCACUUGAUGUCCAAACUCCAAUCCGAUUUGAGAACGCUUACUUCCAAAACUUGGUGGCUCAGCGAGGGCUACUAAAUUCGGACCAAGUCUUAUUCAAUAAUGGAUCACAAGAUGCAUUGGUUCGAACAUACAGUCAAAACAAUGCUAGAUUUCUCGCUGAUUUCGCAGCAGCUAUGGUUAAGAUGGGAAAUCUUAGUCCAGCUUCGGUCACCGUCACAGAGAUCAGAAGGAAUUGCAGAAGGACUAAUUAAUUAAUUAGUCAAAUACUGUA